UUGUGCAGAAUUAGUUAUUAUGCAGAGAAGGAAAAAGAAAAGGAGUGCAAGAAAUUUGACCUAUAGGUGAAUUAUUGGUGAAUGGUUUGGCAGUGAAAGUCUAGUACAACAAGGACCACUGAAAUAACAUUCUUCAAAGUGGAUGGAUACAAGAAAUAACAAUGAUGAUAAUCUUUGUACUGAUGAUUGUGAUCAAGAAUCAGGGGUAAAGGAUGAAGAAUCAGCCAAGACAGAGAAAUGGAAAAAGCAUUACUCAUCAAAGCAUAAGAUUCUCCUUGUUGGGGAGGGUGACUUUUCUUUUUCCCUUUGUUUGGCCAGGGCUUUUGGUUCUGCCCACAACCUCGUUGCCACUUCCCUUGAUUCCCAUGGUCAACCCCAUCUAACAAGCUUUUCACUUUUGCCUCUCUUUUCACCCAUGGAAGUGGAAAGAUUUAAUCUUGGAUCCUUUCCAUCACACCCUUUUCAUAAUCUUUUUGUUUUUGUUUUUGUUUUUGCAGGUGACAUUGGGAAGAAGUACUGCAAUGGAGUCAGCAAUGUGCUGGAACUUGAAGAAAGAGGUUGCCGUGUUUUUCACGGGGUUGAUGCCAAGGAAAUGAGUAAUCAUUUUUUUCUCAAGACUCAGAGGUUCGAUCGCAUUGUGUAUAACUUCCCACAUGUUGGCUUUAUAUACCCAGAGAAUAGCCACUCCCAGAUCCAGUUGAACAAAAGGUUGCUGAAGGGUUUUUUGGCAAAUGCCAAGGCCCUAUUAAAGAAGGACGAUGGAGAGAUUCAUGUUACACAGAAAGAGGGAGAUCCAUACAACAAAUGGGAUCUGGUGAAGAAGGCAGAAAAGAAAGGGUUGACCUUGCUACACGUUGAGCCAUUCUUAAAGGAUGAGUAUGCUGGUUAUGACAACAAGAGAGCCCAUGGAAAAUUAUCUGAUGCAUCUUUCCCUGUUGGGGAAGCUAGUACUUACAAGUUCAAGCUCCUAACAUCUAACACUCACUAAUAAUAACUGAUAUUUCAAAUGCGUUUAUUUGUAAGAGUAAUUUUCAUUUACCUAAACUAGUAACAAGAUGCCAAUCUUGGAUUUGCAUCUUCUGUAAAUAUAUGGAUCAAGCCAGAGUAUUGUAAACAACCCAGAGAAUAAGAACAUUUGGGUUAUGUGCUAAAUCAACUCCAAGUAAAAUUGUUGAAAUUGACUCUGUAUAUGUCUGCUUUUCAUUUCAAAUUCAAACUAUUGUUGGUUAUUGCAAAAUCUUCAGCCUAAGCAAAAAAAAAAAAUAGAAUUUUUAACUUCCAUCUUAUGUUAAACAAGUUACUUGCAUAUAUAUACGAUGAAUAAGCCAUGCGAAAAAAACAAAGUUUCAAUCAUCAGUAGUGAAGGUUUUUGAGCUAGCAAGUUGGUUUAAAUACGGUGAUAGUCAAACUUGGCGAGCAUAUAAAAGUUGAGGACUAGUGUGUGUAACAGACAAACAGUGCCCACAUUCAAGUUAGAGAUAGGCAUCAAUGGUUAAAUAUCAAGAGACAAGUUGUAGAAUCCGCCGCGUUUUGCUCAUAGUACUGUCCAAAGUGAACUUGCUAUAAAUUAGGUUUGCAUAUAGAAUGAAUGUAUCAGCAAGGUAGAAAAAAUGGUGAGAAAAGCAGCUUUUGUCAUUGCCGUUUCAUGGCUCUUACUGGUGACAUUCAUAGUCGUUUCAGCCACUGCAGACAAUCCAAAGGGUCAUCCCCCAACUUCUAAGCAUAUCAUUUAUUAUCCUCAAGGUUGUAGGUGCUGCUGGUUCAUAUGGAAGCCAAUGAUCAGAUGUGGGAACGUCUGUUGUGGAGAUGGAUGCUGCUCUUAAACUUAGCCAUCACAACGUUGAAGCAGACCUUCGAUAUAUGCUUCUCUUCCACUCAGAUGCAUAAAUAAUGUAAUGCAAUAAAUAUUUAUCCUGGAAUGCAAAAAAUUAAAUAUGUACUCUGCUAGAAGUUACGGUGCUACUGGUUUGUAAGUUAAUGUAAUCAAAAUUUCCCUCUUCUAUAUGAUCUCGAGAAAAUUCAACUCAGUAAUCAUUAACAGAUAUCUUCAUCAUACACCCAUGGAAUUUUCAAAAGGGUACUGAUGGUCUUACGAUCCCUUGCUAUGCGUUGUAGAAUGAUUUCGUGGUAUAACUUAUUGACACUAGUACACUACUACUUCCUUUAAACUGAAAUAAAUUGAUGGAUAUGACUCCAAAGCUAGAAAGUAUGUAAAGGGAAAAGGUAAAAGCGUAUCCAUCCCUAGAUUGAUGAAUUUAAGUAUCCUAUAAUUAAACAAUUUAAUGGUAGAUAGAUACUAUAUCUAA